UCACAAGUUAAAUGCAGCUGAAUCGUUUCAUGGCUGCCAGUGCGCUCAUGUGAGCCAUGGCAGGCAACGGCGGUUUUUGCCGCUCCUUCGUCGAGCUUUGUGACCUGAACGACGGGUUCGAGUUGCACAAACUGCUCCGGACGACGACGGGCACACACCCGACAGAAGAGGAUAAGAAGGAUUCCUGUGAUGACGACAUAGCAGCUGCUGUUGUGGCAGCCUGGAGUGCAGGGGAUACUCCAGAAGGCUUGGAGUCUGCUUUAGAUGCGCUGCAAAAGUGGAGCAAUAGGUAUCUCGAUCGGAACGCAAAAGUUCGUUGGAUGCUAACUCCCAUGCUGUGGCUAGCUGCAAGGACGAGGCAGCUGGCCGUUCAGCUGGACGGCUCCGACUCCCGAAGAUAUCGUGAAAGAGUCGUUGAGGCCGCACGAGCGCUUUUCACCAAGCUCCACCGAGACAAAGACCGCCGCGAGGGCGCUCUGGUGAUUUGUUGUGAGCUCCUUCGACUCUACAGCAGCUUGGGACAGGCAUCCCAAUGCGCUUUUGUUCUCACAACGGUGGGCAAUGCCUCAAAGAACAAUGCGUUUGAUGCCGUCAAACUGCCAAAGUCCUUGCUGGUGACUUUGUAUUUUCUCUGGGGCAAGCACCUAGUCAUGGCGGGUAGCAUCGAGGAGGCCGAGGACAAGCUCAACCGAGCGCUGGCCAUUUGCCCUCUGAAGGCUGCCCGAAACCGAUGUCAGAUCCUGAGAUAUCUCAUCCCCUGCCGUCUUCGGCUUGGACAGUAUCCAACGCAAGGCCUAUUGAAGCGUAAUGACUUGCAGAGUCUGACGGGCAUCGUAGCAGCGACAGCUACCGGGAACGUCAAGCGCUUCAGCGAGGAGCUUGAGAAGCAGGAGGACACUUUAAUUUGCUGGGGAACCUACUUGGUUGUGGAGAAGCUUAAGAUCGUCGCUUACAGGAAUUUGGUGCGCCAUGUGUACGAGAUUCAAUGCGAACUUUUAGAGGGGGCUCAAAAGGUCAAGCAGGACCUUGCGCCUUUCGAGCAGGCCUUCCAAUGGCAGGAUGACUGCACUCCGGACGAGACGCUCUGUUUGCUUGCCCACUUGAUCUACAUUGGCGCUGUGCGCGGCUAUCUUUCUGAUGUUCAUCGAAAGGUUGUUUUCUCAAAGGAAAUGCCUUUCCCGCCUGUGAGUUCGUGGUCCACCAAAGCUUAAGCUGAUCGCGCUACAUCUAGUGGGCACGAAUUAUGUUCGGAGUAAAAAGAAGCGCUGCAGUGCCAGGGUGUUUGUGCAAAAAGUUUCCGCCAGCAAGGAUAUCGAACAGGGCCGGGAGCAAUUUCGCUCAGUGUUGUGUUUCC